UCAGGACCCUACUUUCUCAUGAUGUACAGUCCACAUAGCGCCGCCUUUUGUAUUGCAAGUUGCAAUAACUCCAUGCUUUCUUUCUUUUGAAUCAUAAUCAACCGGAAGCUUUCUCCCUCUUCCCUCAACUAUUUUACCUGCGUGUGUGUGUAUAAAUCACCAAGCUAGAGUCGGCGUCAAAAUCCACAGCUAAAAUCUCAAAGUACAGGAAAUAUUAUGGGAAGUGAAAGGGUGAAUCUUCCACCUGGCUUUCUCUUCUCUCCAACAGAUGAGGAACUGGUUCUUCACUUUCUUUAUCCCAAGGCUUCUCUUCUACCCUGCCAUCCCAAUAUCAUCCCUGAUCUUGAUCUCUCUCUCUCUCAGCCUUUCCAGCUCAACGGGAAGGCGUUGUCAAGUGGAAACCAAUUCUAUUUCUUCACCAAGUAUAAGAAAAAAAGAGCGACAGAAAGUGGGUAUUGGAAGAAAAUAGGAGUAACUGAGUCAGUAGUCUCAGCUGCUGGAAAGAAAGUUGGGAUCAAGAAAUAUUUAGUAUUCAAUAAUGGAGAAGCUCCUCAUGACACUGAAACCAGCUGGGUCAUGCAAGAGUACCAUCUUUGCUCUUCUGGGUCUCACAAUACGUCUCGUAUAAACACUAGAGGAACUCCAAAACCAGAUGCAAGUGAAUGGGUCCUGUGCCGAGUCUAUGAAAAGAAGAGAGGCUCUGAAGAUGAUGAUGAAGGUGGAAAUACGGAGCUUUCAUGGAUGGAUCAAAUGUAUAUGUCGACGUUGGAUGAUGAAGAAGAAGAAAUUACCUUCCCUAAUUAGAUUCAAAGCUUGGUUUACAUGUACACCAUCUUGUUGUUAGUUGCAUGCUUUGUUAUUAUUACAAUAUUAUCUUUUCAAUCU